CAAAAUACAAAUCUCGCACUUGCAGCACAUGCUGGCAAACCUCAAUAAAUACCCUUAACCACCUCUUGCUACCUCCAUUCACCAUGUCAGACGGCGCUGCGGCCCUCGCGCAGGACACUGCCAACCUGCACCUUGAUGAAGUCACUGGCGAAAGAGUCUCCAAGUCCGAGCUGAAGAAAAGACAGAAGCAUCGACAACAGGAAGAAAAGAAGAAAGAAAGGGCUGCUACAGCACCACCAAAGACAGAGAAGAAAAAGACAGGGGAUGAGAUUGAUGAGAGCAACCUGAACCCCAAUCAAUAUUUUGAGAUUCGAAGUGGACGUAUCAACCGACUACGAGAAACCAAGCAACCUAAUCCUUACCCUCACAAGUUCCAAGUCAACACCGACCUCUCACAGUUUGUCAAGAACUACGCCGGUCUAACUCCAGGCGAACAAAAGAAGGAUGUCGAGAUCCGAGUCGCUGGCCGAGUCUAUGUCAAGCGAUCCGCUGGCGCAAAACUGGUCUUCUACGACAUCAGAGGCGGCGGCACAAAGGUCCAGAUCAUGUGUCAGUCUCAAGAAUCCCAGGGCGAUGUCCCAUUUGAGGCACAGCACGAACACCUUCGCAGAGGAGAUAUAAUCGGCAUCGUUGGUUUCCCAGGCCGGACUGCGCCAAAGAACCGCCCCAAUGACGGUGAACUCUCUGUCUUUGCCCAUCAAGUCAUCCUCCUCACCCCGUGCCUGCACCAAAUUCCCUCCGAACACUUUGGUCUGCAGGAUGUCGAAACGCGCUUCCGCCAGCGCUACCUCGACCUACUCAUCAACGACAACUCUCGCAAGAUUCUAGUCACACGUUCCAAGAUCAUCUCCUACAUCCGCAACUACUUUGACUCGAACGGUUUCGUCGAGGUCGAGACUCCCAUGAUGAAUUCAAUCGCUGGAGGCGCCACGGCUAAGCCAUUCGUCACCCAUAUCAACGAAUACAAUACCGACAUGUUCAUGCGUAUUGCCCCCGAACUCUAUCUCAAGAUGCUUGUUGUCGGCGGCAUCGAACGAGUCUACGAACUCGGCAAGCAGUUCCGUAAUGAAGGCGCCGACCUGACCCACAACCCUGAAUUCACAACCUGCGAGUUCUACGAAGCCUAUGCUGACGUCUACGAUGUCAUGAACCGCACCGAGGAGCUUGUCUCAGGCUUGGUCAAGCACGUCACGGGAGGCACCAAGACACAGUUCCACACCCAAUCCGGCGAGGUGUACGAUGUCGACUGGGCCGCACCCUGGAAGAGAAUCGAAAUGAUCCCCGCCCUGGAGGAAGCCACAGGCGAAAAGUUCCCUCCUGGCGAAGAACUCCAUACCCAAGAGACCAAUGACUUCCUCAAGCGAGUGCUCAAGAAAGUCAAUGUAACAUGCCCCCCACCCGAGACUAACGCCCGCAUGCUGGACAAGUUGGUUGGAGAAUUCAUCGAGGAGAAGUGCAUCAACCCAACCUUCAUCACCGGUCACCCACAGAUGAUGUCGCCGCUGGCCAAGUAUCACCGGUCGCAAGCAGGUAUCUGCGAACGAUUCGAGGCCUUUGUAUGCAAGAAGGAGAUUGUCAACGCUUACACCGAGUUGAACGACCCAUUCGACCAACGACUUCGGUUCGAAGAGCAGGCCCGACAAAAGGCCCAAGGCGACGACGAAGCACAAAUGGUGGACGAGAACUUCUGCACCAGUCUCGAGUUUGGUCUCCCUCCAACCGGCGGUUGGGGUAUGGGUAUCGACCGUAUCACCAUGUUUCUCACCGACAACUACACUAUUCGUGAAGUCCUGGCCUUCCCCUUUAUGAAGGAAGAAAAGGCUGGCAAGGAAAAAGAAACUGCUGCAGAAGUUGUCGGAAUUGAGCCAAUGCCAGAAGAGGGAAUUGGUAAGUGAGAUCUCGAAAUUCCCAAUAUCAAUCCUCCAAAUCAGAUUGGUACUGUAGUUGUCUGCUUGACAUGCGCUAAUACGUGACCACAGCGCACAAGUGAAAGACUAGUUAGACAUCUAAGAUUAUACGAGCGUCAUGUUGAGAGGAUUGGGGAUGUCAAGACACGCAGAAACAACGCAUGCUAUGCUAUGAGGGAUGUGCUUAAGCAUUGUAGAGUAGAUGAGAGAAGAGUAUGCCAGACGAAAGCUGUUGGACGACAUCCAAUACAACGAUGAUGACGCUGAUGACAUGACAUCUCUACCUCUGCAACACUCGUCUCGUUCCAUUCACUCUCCAAACAGCAUCGCCAGACAUUGAAAGUCCGGUUCGAUUAACCUAAUCGCUACAUAGACUGCUUUGUCAAUUGCUUUGUCGUCCCUCUGGUAGAGUCCUCAAAACUCAGUCCCCGCCAUCAAACCAAACAUACGACCCUGAAACCGAUUCCCGACUUCAUGCCACUUGACCUGAAUAGCAGCCACGAGAACAGGCCAAGGCAUGGACCCGGAUGUUGCAGUAUCACCAUCGCCAUCUCCCUUGGCGAAAUCCUCCGCAGGAAUAUUCAUACGAGUGCCGAGGUCAGCGGCCCACGAAACCAAUUCGGCCAAAGCAGGUCCAAAGUCAGUGACUAGACGCUCUUCAGCGGUGUUUCCGGCGUCGAUGUUGAGAUGUAGUACGGCGAGUAGGAGGUGGAGGAUGGCUGGUAGGACGGCUGGGUCGGUGGCGAGAAAUGUCUGUGUGUGGAUGGAGGUGAGGACGAUUAGUGUUUCGCGUGUUAAUGUUGCUAGUUGCGUCGCGUUGGGACCUA